CAAAUUUUUAUUUACAUCUAUGGUUCAUAAACUACUCUUGGAUAACAUGGUGAGCAAAGAGCCCAACCAUUUGCCAACUGUUCACAGCCAUAGCAAUGGCAACCCAGACAAAACACCCACCACCGUGACUGUGCGCUCAGUGCUCCUCAACCGGAACUCUCCAGAUAUUGAAAGCAGACUUAAACGGAGACGAAAUCGCACACAGCAAGUACGUUUUAAAGAUUUGGAGGAUGAUGAUGAGUCUAAGAAUAAAAAUGACAAGCUGAGGAGUAAGAGCCCAACAGAGGUUCCAAACUGGCAGAAAGAGUUGACAAACGGGCCCUCGUUGGUGGGAGCAGUCCGUGGGGAUAUGGAAAAGACAAUUGGAGCAGUGACAGCAUUUUUGAAGAGAGCACCACCGCACCCUCUUACCCCUGGGCCUGCCAGACGCUGCUGGGUCCCAACACAUCCAUGUUCUCUCACAUUGCCGCUGCCAACUCAGCCAUGCAGGAGUACAGCCAUCCAAACCUCACCCAGUUUGCAGAAGCCUCCCUCGCUCUCUGCCACGCAGUCUCGCAGUCACAGCCUGGGGGGAGCUUGGGAUGACGGAGACUCCUCUGAUGAGCUGACCGCACAUGUCUACAUUCCACCUUGUAGAUCAAAGAAGAGCUCUGUCCAACAUUGUACCCCUGCUGAGCAAUCAAGGUGCCAGAGAACUGAGGAUAAUCAAACUGCCUCUGUGGGUAUAUCAACACAAUUCCAGCCAUGUUCUGCUGCGCCACAAAAACAGUCUAGAAGGAGAGGUAGGAGGAAAUAUUUAAACAGAGCAGCAAGUGAUCCUGGGAAACCUGAGCCUCCUUGUACUUCCCCAACUAAAACUGUGCACAGAAGCCACCAACAGUCUAUCCAACCCAAGAAGCUUCCAUCCAAAGCUGUGGCGCACAGAACUUCGUCAGAUAUUGUACCCACGCAGCGUUCCCCCACGCCCAACACAGUUCAUAAUAUGCCAUGUAGUGUCUCUUCCACACAGACUGAAGCAAGCAUUGAUUCAAAAAUCCAAACUGUCCCAGACAACACAUCUUUGCAAAAAGCUGAAGUAGAUCCUGCAUCUUGCCCAUCUCACACUGCACCAUCUCCAUCAACCACAUGUACCAAAGAAACAUCACAAUGUUGCCCACAGCAGGCUGCUGCGGAGAACAUCAGUUUGACCCCCACUCUACCAGAGCCUUUGUGCACUACAACAGCACAAGUCAUAUCCACUCUCACCACAUUCUCAACACACGGGCAAUCAUGCAUGUCUCCUACUGAAUCUACAAGGCGUUGUUGCACACCUGCUAUUCAGAUUAGAGCAAAUUGUAAGACUCCCCCAUUACCAGAGUCCCAAAGCAUUCCAGAUUCACAUACAGAUCCCACAACUCCUGCCCAAUCCAGGCCUUGUUUCCAGAAGUUGGAGGAAACCAUUCCAUGCUCCAACACUGCUGGCUCAAAGGCAGCGGCCUGUUCUCAAGGAGCACCUGCAGUUGCCUCUACGUUCAGUUCCACACAGCCAUGCCAGAAGACUCCAACACAACCCAUGGCAUGUGAUAACACCUCAAAUCAACCUGUGUACUCUGUGAUAUCUCCAACACAACCUGUAACUCCUAUUCAGUCUGUGCCAAGAUGUAUGAGUCCUAAACAGAAUGAGCCAUUGGGUAGGACCCAUACCCUUCCUGUACAGACUCCUAUAUCAGCUACACACACCCCAACACCUGUUCAGUCUACAUCAUCUUGUAAAAUUCCAAUGCAUUCUAUAACAUACUGUGUCAAAGACAAACCAGCAUCCUUUGGCUCUUCUACACAACCUACGGCACCUCAUAAGAUUCCUACACAAACUCUCCCUCACAAUGUUAUGUCAUUUCCUCCCGAGCCAUCCUGUGCCACUGCUCCACACCCUGUCUCACACUUCAAGGGCCCUAUUGCAGCUGCGGCACAUGCCAUUCCUGUUGCACAAACUGCAGUACAUUGCAUUUUGGAUCAACAAAAUGUGGCAACCCAUGUGACUCCUUCCAUGCCAGUUCUGAUUUGCAGCUCUUCCACACAACCUGCACCAGGUAAACUUUCUGUUCAAGCAUUGCCACACUGCAACUCUAGUAUGCAAAAUGCAGUGUCAUGCAGUAAUCCCUCUCAAAUUGUGCAACAUUUUGCACAAAGACUCCCAAAGACUUUUACUCAAACAGUAUCACACUCCAAAUCAUUUCCACAAAAUAUGUCACCUGUUCUCUGUCCACGUGAGGCAAUGAUGUACGCAAGUAAACCCCAGGAAACUGUGCUUCCCUCUGCUAAUUUCAGGCAUUCUUUACCUCCUUACGCCUGCCCUCCACAGACUACUCUGCUGUAUUCUAACGCUGGGGCGAGCCCCUCCCCUCCUCAGGCCUUCUGCUGCACUCAGGACAGACGAGACAGGAGAGAGUUCAUGCUUCCUCCCCCACCACCUCCUCCUCCUCCUUACACCCCCCGCAAAGAGGGCUCCUCUACUCCUGGACAGCCCUGUAAGCCUCCUGUCCCCAAAGCUGAGAGCAACAAUGCUGAAAAGGACAGAGCGAAAACUGGGGCAGUGAAGCCAAAUGCUGAAGCAGGAACUCGCCAUCAGGCAGGUGAAACCCCACCUCCUAUCCCUCCCAAAAGUAAGGCAAGAGCUAUGGUGAGGCCCACCUGUUUAAGUGUCCGACGGGCGAUCCUCAGUCCAGAAUCCCAGGCCAAUGCAAACCACUUGCCUCCUGCUGGGGGGACAAACCCCCUGGCCCCCCUUGGACCAGUGGAGGGCCAAUCGGACACACUGCGGCAGGUGCAGGAGCUACUGGGGGGGCUUAUGUCUGGGACUAAGUGUAAGCUGGACCUGGCAAAGGCUAAAGAGAAACUGUUUGGCCCAAAUGGCCCUCUGUACGACAUUGGGGCUCUGCAGUCUCAGCUGCACAGCCUGGAAGGGGUGUUGGAGACCAGCCAGAACACCAUCAAGGUUUUACUGGACGUCAUUCAGGAUCUGGAGAAGAAGGAGGCAGAGCGAGACGGAAGACACUCAUACCGAACUGGACAGGACACUGAGAACUGUGGCACCUGCAGAGACUGUGCCUGUAUCAUAUACAGUGUGGAGCAUGACUUCCGGCUUCAGGAGGGUCAGGUGACGCGAGUGUGGAAGGUCCCGGAGCAGCAGGAGUCGGAGCAGAGCUCUCCUCAGCUGGUCUUUCCUCCUCCGCGCCAGCAGGACUCUCCACAGGCCCUCCAGAUGGUCAAGAAGAGCCGCAGGAAGUGCUUCUGGUUCCUGUGAACUCUUUGAUAGCAGGACGUGACAUCAUUAGUCAACAAAGACGGUUCUUCAACCACCUUUAAGCCUCUUCUCUUCCGGUCCUCUGGUUUAACUUGUUUAGAGGCACAUCAUCUGCUUGACGAGGAGCCUUUGUUUAUUGUCUUUUUGAAAAACAUCUUCUGUAAUUUUCACACAAGGCGAAUCAAGAUUAAUGUACGGCUGUUCGAGUUGAUAUUUCAGAUUUAUAGUCCAUGGAAAGAAUUUAAAAUGUCCUUCAGUCUCAAAAAUGUGUUUUGAAUAAUAAUUCACCCAAAAUCAAAAUUCUGUCAUUAUGUCCUAUUUUCAUUGAUCUGUUCCUUGAAAGUGCCAUAAGUGAUUUCUUAUGGAAUUACAAGUUGAGUGUUUCUGAUUGUUGACCAAUCAGGAAAGCUCUCGAGCUGUCAAUCAUUUUGAGUGUUUAUUUUUGUCGCUGGACUGCAUCUAUUUAUUCUGCUUUGAUUUUCCAGAUUUAUAGUUCAUGGUGAUAAUCUAUGUCUCAAAAACUGAGAACGGAGGGGGAGAAGGGGCUUUUUGAUGGUUCAUGUACCUUUUGAGCCAAUACUUACUACCUGAAAAGGGAUGAACUUCACAGCAGACAGUGAUUGAUGCACAGUGACAGCAGGAGACGGGACGUUAAGGACACAUUAAAGAGAGAGAGAUGAAAGAGGAAUUACAGGUAAGAAAUGGAAGCAAGAUUACCGAUUCAUCAUUUUGGAACAAUGAGGGUCAAAACACCAGCUUUUAUACUAUGAAAACCUUUCAACGAAUCAAUUAUUCCACAUGCUUAACGCUUUUAUGUAGAUCUAAUAACUACACAUGCGCGGCGAUAUUUAAGGCAGAGAAAUUGGGGAGAAAUUGAAUUUAAGGAGUGUGUCAUUUCAUUCUUUGUGAAUGCUUAAUUUCAGAAUCCAUUAAAAGCUCUAUUAAAUA